AUGUCGCACGCUCUCGAGUCCUUCAAGGAAACCUUGAACCGCAUCAUCCUCGACCCGGCCAACCGCGACCUGCUCGCCAUUGUCAAGGGCGCGCGCAAUGGCGCCGUCUACGGAGCCAAGGUGCGCUUCCCGCACGCGCUCGUCAUGGUCUUCCUGUUCCGCUCCGGAAGCUUUAGGCAAAAGGUCGACCUCGUCUUUCGCGCCACGCGCACCCACGCCCGCAACCUCGCCAAGUUUGCGACCAUUUACAAGACCGUGUGCUAUUUGCUAAAGUGGUACGGCAGCACGCCGGGCAAGGAGGGCAAAUUCGACACUUUCCUCGCCGGUCUGGUUGGCGGCUAUUUCGUCUUUGGCGGGCGGUCUCCUCGCUCGGGCAAGAUCUCGUCGGUCAACCAACAGAUUGUCAUUUACGUGUUUGCGCGCGUGGUGCUGGCGCUCGCGCGUCUGGCCGUCCAGCCCGGCAACGGCCUCCCCCUCGUCUCCGAGCCUGGUACCUCGGCUCAGGUUAGCUACUAUGCCUGGCCCGUCUUUGCCUCGCUCAGUUGGGCCAUGGUUAUGCACCUGUUCCGCUACUACCCCGAGGAUCUCCAGCCCAGUCUCAAGAGCAGCAUGAACUAUAUCUACAAGGAGAGCGAUAACUGGGACUGUUUGAGGAAUUUCAUCUGGCACAACAAAUAA